GUAAAUGUUCAUUUGAACCGCAACAAAUCCAAUGACUCACUCGAUUUAGCAACUAUAAAGACGUAGAACAGCAUGGUCUUUGGAUUCGCUGAUAGUGGAUUUCGCCCCGAUGACGACAUACCCGACCUCUCGGGGAAGGUAAUUCUGGUUACUGGAGGAAACUCCGGCCUUGGACAAGAAUCAGUCCUUCAACUAGCAAAGCAUAACCCAAGUCAGAUAUUCCUGGCUGCACGGAGCCCAGACAAGGGACAAGCUGCAAUCCACAACAUAAAAGAGGUCGUACCAAAGGCAAACAUAACUUUUUUGCAACUGGAUCUGACAUCCUUUGCUUCUAUUGUCGAGGCAGCAAAGGUUGUCAAUUCUUCCGUCAGUCGGCUUGACAUCCUCAUGAAUAAUGCUGGCAUAAUGAUGACACCGCCUGGUACCACUAAAGAUGGCUACGAAAUUCAAUUUAGCACCAACCAUAUGGGACAUGCUCUCCUUACCAGUCUUCUGCUCCCCAAACUCCUAUCAACUGCCGAAGAAGUGAAUGCGGAUGUGCGUAUUAUUACCCUCAGUUCAGUUGGACACCUGUGGGCUCCAAAGGGCGGUUUACAACUGGAGACUCGUUAUGGCCAAUCUAAGCUUGCGAAUAUUCUCUAUUCCAUCGAGCUCUCCCGUCGGUAUCCAGCGAUACGCUGUGUUUCCGUACAUCCAGGCAGUGUGAAAACUGGCUUGAGUCGUGGGUUGAAGGAAUCUUAUCCUUUUGCCGCCCCGUGGACGGGGUUAUAUUCACUCAAUGUUCAACAGGGAACACUGAACCAACUAUGGGCCGCGACUUCCAAAAAAGCAGAAACUGGGAAGUAUUACAAUCCUGUAGCGGUAGAAGUGCCCGGCUCAGAGUAUGCUCAGGAUUUGGGUUUGGGUAAGAAACUGUGGGAUUUCACUGGAGCAGAGCUUGUGAAGUUCGCGUCAUAA